UCGAAAACGUCACCCGCGUCAUCGCAUCGUUCGACUUGUAUUUUAAUUUCAGUUUGAAACACUCCCAUUAUAUAUUUCCUAUUUGUAUAGUUUUCGGGUAUCCAAUGCCGCAGUAAUAAUAGUUUUUUUUCUAAUUCGCCUGAUAUGUUUUUAUGACGAUAUAUUAAGGAGUCCAGGCGAAAUGUCGAAGGCCGCGCUCAUUCCAGAAUGUAAAAAGGAUAUAGGAGGUGUGAAAGAAGAUAUAUGUGUACCAGCUAAUGAGAAAAAAGAGGGAGCAAUCAGUUUAUACAGAAGACUUCUGCGUUUGGAUACAUUUAGCAAGAGGAAUACAUUAGACAGCCCAACAGAAAUAGAACCACAAGCGACUUACUAUGGUGUUUAUAUACCAUGUGAAAUUAAAAAAGGACCUGACGAAGAAACAAUACAUGUGUACACUGACAAGUUGGAAGCGUUAGAGCUGUUCCGACGGUACAAAUCAGCCAGGUUCAAAGCCUUCAGGAACCGACAGGAUGCUAUGUCAUUUGCUCUUAGAGGAGCCGAGCCAAUAGACAACCAUGAGGGCAACGGGAAUUCCAUAAUGGGAGAGAAGCCUUAUCCUUUUAAAGCACCGUCACCACAAGAUAUGGUGACAUUAAGGAAGGCCAUUGAGGCUGGUAAGGUCACGGUGGUCAGAGAUAGGAUAUGGGAUAAUCCAAGAUAUCUUGUCAGCAGUGGAAGUACUCCAGCUAUAGUACAGGAGGGUUCCCGCUACAAUGCACUCCAUAUAGCUGCGAAGGCCCUGAAUGCUGAGAUAUGUAAUCUAAUAUUAACAACAGUUGGCAACCCUGCCUUUGUUCAGACUUUGUACGGAAUGGAAACAGACUAUGAGUCUUGUAAGGAAUUCGCAACAAUCCUUCUAGACAGAUAUCUAAACACUCCAGACAAGGCUAUGAACGAGACCCCUUUACACUUUGCUGCCAAGUUCGGUGGUGACGAGGUCGUGGACGUGCUGACUUCAUUUCCACAGUGUAACAAAAUGGCCAAAAAUAAAUACGGGGAAAUGGCGAAAGAUAUCAUAUGUAACCGUUGUACCUCGAACGCCGCAGCGUCGAGGAUUUCAUCUCUGCUGCAAGAUCGGUACUACGUGCCGGUGUUACAAACAGAGGACGGCAGCGGAGCGCCCGCCGUCGGCCGACCCUUCACCCCUAAAGAACCACCGGAUUUGAACCCGGAUCCCCUCUCUCCGAGAUACGAAAUCUUCGCGUUCGCUGGACCCAUGGACUCGCAAUCCGCUGAAGGGUUCAGGAGGAGGUGGAAAACUCCGCCCAGGGGGGGAUUUAGACUCAAAGACAUCAGCAAGGGACUGGAAGCAGUUGGCAGGAACCUAGCUGAGGAGAUGCAAAUAGGAUGGAAGGAGUACUGGGCGUUCCUCGACACGUUCACUGACCUGAGGUCAAAAGAGGGUCUGGAUCUGUUAGAGAGUUACUUGAAGACAAAAUACGAAACCGCGUUCUCGUUGGCAUACAACGACAGCGUCAACACUAACCACGAACUGUCCAUGUCGAGGAUAAGCCUAGGAAACCUAUCACACAACAGUCAACUGGACACAGCGCUCAGCCCUAUCUCAGAACUGUGUGUGGCCAUGAAAACCUGCAGGAUCACCGACGAAGCCUCCAAUUGGCGGAGAUGCGACAGAACGAGGCGCGUGGCCCCACCCAGGACACACCCCAACGGGGAUUCCCCUCAACCGAUAAAUCAAAGGGUCAGCCAGCUGCUGUGCAUCGAACGCACGUGUCAGGUCUUCGCCAAGAGGAUAGCGGACGCCCUCGUAUUCUCUAUAACAGCGGAACCGGAAGUCGCCGGUGAAUCAUUGAAAUCGGAAGCCAAACAUUUGCAGCACACGAUACACACGUACAUGGGCGACGAGAGGUUCAAAGAGAUCAACUUCGCGUUGAUACAUUCAAGGCUGGCGCAGCUCGUCGUGUUCAACUUGACGCAGAAGACCAAGGACGCCGACGACAUGAACUAUCUGAUAGACGUGCUCGGCGAUCUGCGCUGUCUCGACGAAGACGUGUGCAGUUCGGACAGCGAAAGGAAACCCAUCGCGUACAGAAAUAAUAGAGGCAAAGACAAGCACGCCACAGACGGACACGUGAGGUGUGUCUCCGGCUUUAUAUGCGAUGAGCUGGCGGACACGGCUAGGAGUAAACCACCGGCGGGGUCGGAUGUAGAGUGUGUAGAGAUAUGGAAGAUGGCGGCCGGUUGUAGCUGUAGUUGGCAGAUUGAUGUGUUCGAGCGGAGCGGGAAGAGGAACUCCUUCAGGAAGAACAGGUCGAAUCUCUCCACCAGCUCCAAAAACGACAGCUUCAUACGGCGGCUGACAUACGACUACGAUAUAGGUGACGGCAAACUUCAGAACAGUGAAGUACAGAAACCAUUAAGCGUGAACUCUCCCGCCGGAGAUAAUCUUUACACUUUGGACGUAGCCAAGUGUCAAGUUGUAGAGGCUGAGAUAUCGGACGAUGAAUCGGUCGCGUCCUGCCAAUCGGAUUCGGACGCGUAUGAGACAGCUGAAAAUGACUCGGAUGACGACAUGCAAGACGCCAGCGAUAGAGCUGUCACUGAACCAUUUAUAUACGGCGAGGAACCUUCGAAGAUGGACAGGCUCGUGUAUGACGCGAUCUCGUCCUGCGAGAUAACGGCCGACGAAUACCCCAGCGUGUACCGAUGGAGACAUUGUGUGGCGCUGUACCCAAAAACAGAGAGGGAAAGUUGGCGAGCCACCACGAACCUAGACGAAUCAGUGUCAUCUAUGUCUUGGACUGUGGGGGAGUCGCCGCGGACCAACAGACCGCGGUGUAGUACACCGCACAAGGAUAGAGAUAUAAGAGAUACGAGAGACUCACACGCCGAUAAGACUCUGCCGUUACAGGUUUCGAACUGGCUGCGAGUGACGGGUCCAAAUUCGCCGCGCUCGGCCCUCGUGUCGAAAAACGUCAACCAAAACGUCAGCUUCGGAUUCUGAGCAGCGUUAUGAACAAAAAAAAGCAGCUUAAACAUUACAUAUUGAUGACGAAUAUAUAGCACAUACAAUAUAUAACAUCAGCUGUGACUGUCACAAACAAAUGAUAUAUUUUAUUAGGUAAAUUCAUGUUGUUGAAAUCCUCACGUGACCGAAACCAUGGCCUUGGUUGAAAUAAGUGUUACGGAUAUAACAUAAUGAAUGGGAGAAAUUUUCGUAUAUUUACCUAGCAGCCGGCGGUCACUGAACACUCCUGAUGGUAUCUUGUGAUAGUAAAUUUAACGCGUCUGACGUGGAUAUUAACGAAUUAUUAAUGAAGUAGUUCGCUAGGUUAAGGCUGUAGCGUUGUACACAGGUAUAGCUAUACGUAUAUGUAAUAUAUUAAGUCUCGUAUUUAGUUACUCGUCUCGCUCGCCCGGGUUAGUCGCUCCUUGCAUUUCGGACGGUACAAUUCCACUUCACCGGUUCAAUGUUCAUGUUAGCAUUUAUCUUUAUUCUUGUACAGCGGGAGGUCGGAGCCGCGCCGUGUUUGGAUUAUAUAAUGUUUGUACUUUUAUAAUGAUAAAUUGAUGUAAAUAAUUGUACGUGUUUUUUUGUUUUUUAAUAUUUUAUUUCUAAUAAACUAUUAUUCUAUGAUGA